ACAUCCUCUGCGAUGGAAGAGACCGUGAUGGACACUCGGGUGGCCACAGCUGAACUGGGCUGGACAGCAUAUCCUAAUUCCGGGUGGGAGGAGGUGAGUGGCUAUGACGAGAACCUCAACACCAUCAGGACCUACCAGGUGUGUAAUGUCUUCGAGUCCAGUCAAAACAACUGGCUCCUCACCACCUUCAUUGAUCGGCGUGGAGCACAGCGCAUCUAUGUGGAAAUUCGAUUCACCGUGCGUGACUGCAGCUCCAUCCCCAACGUCCCCGGCUCCUGCAAGGAGACGUUUAAUCUCUACUACUACGAAACUGACGCAGUCAUAGCCACCAAAGGCUCCGCCUUCUGGAUGGAGGCCCCUUACCUCAAGGUGGACACCAUUGCUGCAGAUGAAAGCUUCUCACAGGUGGAUUUUGGCGGACGCCUGAUGAAGGUCAACACAGAGGUGCGGAGCUUCGGCCCACUGUCUAAAAAUGGCUUCUACCUGGCCUUUCAGGACUAUGGUGCCUGCAUGUCUCUGCUGUCAGUCAGGGUCUUUUAUAAGAAGUGCCCAAGUGUGGUCCAGAACUUUGCAAUCUUUCCAGAGACGAUGACAGGGGCUGAAAGCACCUCCCUGGUCAUCGCAAGAGGGAUCUGCAUCCCCAACUCAGAGGAAGUAGAUGUUCCUAUAAAGCUCUACUGCAACGGAGAUGGAGAGUGGAUGGUUCCUAUCGGCAGCUGCACGUGUAAGGCUGGAUUUGAACCUGACAACGGCAACGUAUGUCGAGCUUGCCCACCGGGUACCUUCAAGUCAACCCAGGGUCCUGGUCUGUGUCUACAGUGUCCUCCCAACAGCCGCUCCACAGCUGAGGCUGCCACCAUCUGUGUGUGCCGCAACGGCUACUACCGCGGGGACGCUGAUCAGCCGGAUGAGCCCUGCACAAGUGUCCCAUCCAGCCCAAGGAAUGUGAUCUCCAUUGUGAAUGAAACCUCUGUGAUCCUGGAGUGGCAUUCCCCCAGGGAGACGGGUGGCCGCGACGAUGUCGUCUACAACAUAGUUUGCAAGAAGUGUCGCACCGACCGGCGCUCCUGCUCCCACUGCGACGACAACGUGGAUUUCGUCCCGCGACAGCUGGGUCUGACUGAGACCAGAGUGUUCAUCAGCAACCUGUGGGCUCACACCCUCUACAGCUUCGAGAUACAGGCUGUCAAUGGAGUUAGUAAUAAGAGCCCGUAUCCCGCCCAGCAUGUCUCCAUAGACAUCACCACCAAUCAGGCCGCUCCCUCCAUAGUUCCCAUCAUGCACCAGAUCAGCUCCACCAUGAAUAGCUUCACACUGUCAUGGCCACAGCCGGAACAGCCCAAUGGCAUCAUUCUGGACUACGAGCUGCGUUACUACGAGAAGGACCAUGCAGAGAUUAACUCCACCAUCCUGCGGAGCCAAACUAACACUGCACGCGUGGAGGGCCUCAGGCCGGGUACAGUCUACGUGGUGCAGGUGCGAGCACGGACUGUGGCUGGCUUUGGCAAAUACAGCAGCAAGAUGUGCUUCCAAACCCUCACAGAUGAUGACUUCAAGUCGGAGCUGAGGGAACAGCUUCCUCUGAUUGCAGGGUCAGCUGCAGCAGGAGUGGUCUUUAUUGUUUCCCUCGUUGCCAUCUCCAUCGUGUGCAGCAGGAAAAGGGCAUACACCAAGGAGGCGGUGUACAGUGACAAGUUGCAACAUUACAGCGCAGGAAGAGGCUCUCCGGGGAUGAAGAUCUACAUUGACCCCUUUACCUACGAGGACCCCAACGAGGCUGUCCGAGAGUUCGCCAAGGAGAUCGACGUCUCCACUGUCAAGAUCGAGGAAGUCAUCGGUGCAGGUGAGUUUGGGGAGGUCUACAAGGGCCGUUUGAAGCUGCCUGGUAAAAGGGAGAUCUAUGUAGCCAUCAAGACCCUGAAGGCAGGCUACGUGGAGAAGCAGAGGCGGGACUUCCUGUCUGAGGCGUCAAUCAUGGGUCAGUUCGACCACCCAAACAUUAUCCGUCUGGAGGGCGUCGUCACAAAGAGCCGUCCUGUCAUGAUCGUCACAGAGUUCAUGGAGAACGGUGCCCUUGACUCAUUCCUCAGGCAAAAUGACGGUCAGUUUACGGUGAUCCAGUUGGUGGGAAUGAUGCGUGGGAUCUCGGCAGGGAUGAAAUAUCUCUCCGAAAUUAACUACGUCCAUCGUGACCUGGCUGCGCGAAACAUUUUGGUCAACAGCAACUUGGUGUGUAAAGUGUCCGACUUCGGUCUGUCCCGCUACCUACAGGAUGACACUUCUGAUCCCAGCUACACCAGCUCUCUGGGUGGGAAGAUCCCAGUGAGGUGGACAGCACCAGAGGCCAUCGCUUACAGAAAGUUCACCUCGGCUAGUGACGUGUGGAGCUACGGCAUUGUCAUGUGGGAAGUGAUGUCUUUUGGAGAGAGGCCUUACUGGGACAUGUCCAACCAAGAUGUGAUUAAUGCCAUCGAGCAGGACUACCGUCUGCCACCACCCAUGGACUGCCCCAGUGCCCUGCACCAGUUAAUGCUGGACUGUUGGCAGAAAGACCGCAACGUACGACCCCGCUUCACCGACAUCGUCAGCACCCUGGACAAGAUGAUCCGUAACCCCACCAGCCUCAAAGCUGUAGCCAACAUCCCUGCAGUGCCUUCUCAGCCACUGUUGGACAGAUCCAUACCUGACUUCAACACCUUCAGCUCAGUAGAGGACUGGCUCACUGCCAUCAAGAUGAGCCAGUACAGAGACAACUUCCUCAACUCAGGCUUUACAUCCCUGCAGCUGGUGGCUCAAAUGACCUCAGAGGACUUGCUGAGGAUAGGAGUGACCCUGGCAGGCCACCAGAAGAAGAUCCUCAGUAAUAUCCAGUCCAUGAGGGUGCAGAUGAGCCAGUCACCCAUCACUAUGGCAUGACUACAGGGGGCGCUGUGCCACGGAACGGGCAGCAUUCGCAGGACCAACAACAAUGGCAGCCCUCGAAUGACCCCCGAUCCAUCGGAACGCGCCAGAGUGGAGACUAUUGUCUUAAUCUAAUCCACAAACCAUGACAACAGGAGACCAGGGUCUACACUACCACUUGGUUAAUAGCUAUCACACUUCAUGCAAUCCACGCCAGGAGUUCAGGGUCCAGACUUGAUACUGUUUCUCUACUGAUCCACAAAAAGAGGACAGACAUCAUUUUGCUGUGGGUAUGAACAGCCAUUCAUGUCAUUGUGAACCAAAAUAACAAUCGGAUGUUGACACAGGGAAUCUCGCACAAGUUCAGACUGUAUGGUAAAAUGAGUGAUAUUGUACUUCUAUAUUAUCUGGACUAGAAAAUUGUAAACAGAAGUGUGAGACACUUAGAAACAACGUGUGACCUGUGAUUUUAUCCAUACUGUCGUCAAUGUGUGCAAUGAAGAUGCCUUGACCUGGCCAGAAAUAAGUCUCAGAAGAAAAAGCAAUUACCAGUAGGAAUAAUUAGAGGAAGAAGAAUACAGGGAUGUACAGUGGAGCACCAUUUUCAACUUUCACAUCAUCUUUUGCUUGUUUGAAGAAUUUGACAAAAUGUAUCGUAAAUGAACUGGUGAAAAUUCAGAGCUUAGUUAUAUUUUUGUCUUCUACCAUCUGUUUGAUUGUUUGUUUGUUUGUUUGUUUUAUCACUAUAGCAAGAUGCCGUCCACUUGUAUUUUAACUUUAACACUACCUGUGGAGUCCUGGGUGGAAGGCCUUGCCAAAGGACUUCUUAGCCAGCCCCACCCAGAUUCAGAGAAUAUAAAUAUGUUUAUCUCUUGCUAAAUAUGAUUAUAUCUUUCAUAAUAAACCUUCAUAUUGAAGGUGAUAUGUAUGAAUAUGUAUGUACAGAACUCUCUGCUUGCAUUUUUGGCAAAGACAUGUUUGUUGACUAGAUUGUGAUAGACACAUGCAAUGUGUUAGAUUCCUACGAUGCCCUGGUUCCCUUCGGACGACUGAACAACAGACACUGGCUUGUUCCAGGGGCACAAGGACAAUCCUGACUGAAUCUUAACCUGAGGAAAAUAUAAAAGGAAUCAUGGGCAAAGAAUUGGUAUUGUAGAUCUAUAUGAAAAAAUGCUGUAGGAGUUAAAAUAAUUGACAAAAUAUCCAUUUACUGGAGAUCAUGUUAAAUGUGGGUGUACACAUGCUGUCUCUUGCUGGUGAGCACUUACUUGUACAGAUUUGAUUUAUGUUAGAUUUUCUUUUUGAUCCGUUGUUGUUGUUUGUGUUGGGAGUGCGCAGCGCCAUCCAGAGGGGAAGGGAACUCCACGCCUCAGCCGGCCCAAAUCCAUGACUCCAGACUUAGAGAUUUACACACACAUAAAACAGUAUACACAUCGCACUUCAUGUUCACACACACACACACACACACACUGAACACCAAGAAGUAUUUGCUGUCGGCAAAGGAGGAAGACCAGGUGAAAUGGGACCUUUCCAGGAUACCAGUCACGACCUCCCUCUAUGGUACACAAUGGAUGGUGAAGCUGAAUAUCUGUGUGCACAUGUCAUAGUUUGUUUAUUUGUGUGUGCGAGAGACUGAUUUCAUGUGUGUGCAUAGGCACAUUUGUGUACAGACAUUUAUGUGUGCACAGGUACAUUGUUUAAGAGCGUGAAUGGUUCCUUUUUCUUUUCUUUUUUUUUGUUUCUGUAUAGCUACCACUUGUAAAUUGUGACAAGUAUGUGUCAAGAGUUUGUAAGCUGUAACUUUCUGAGAAAUAUUGUACUAAAAUGCACUCAA